AUGGUUCCCAUGCUGAUCUUUCUGCUCCUGGCAUCGCCUGCUUUGGGAAUUCGAUUGGAUGGUUCCGUUGGCGCCGUUGAAGUACCAAAGAAGGGAGACAAAUGUGAAUGCCCUGGAAAGAAUUGCUGUGGAGAUGACUCAUUGGUAUGCGACGUGAAGACUCGCACUUGUAAACCAAGCCUCGGUAGUGUCUGCUCGACGAGUUAUUUCUUCACAGAGUGCGCAAGUAAAGACACCUACAACGUCAGCACUGAGUGCGCACUAAGUGCAGCGGGGUAUCAUAGAUGCUGUAUCAAGAGUGGUCAGCCUCUUGCACUUACCACUUACACAGAUGAGUGCUGCUGGGGCAAAAAGGGAAAUGUUUGUAAAUGA